GCGGCGGCAGUGGCGGCGGCAGCGCUUCCCGCGGGCUCGCCCUCAGGUGUUCGCGGCUGCCGUCGCCGAAGAUCGCGGGUCCGGGCCUCGCAGCGAUCGCCCUGGGCGGGCCGGAGACGCCUCGGGCCCCCUGGUGGCUCGGGGUCCACCCGGCGCCGCGGGCCCGCCGCUCUUCCUCGCCUCGCCUUUGCGCCUCUUCUCGCUCUGCCUCUUCAUUUAUUAUUAUUAUCAUUUUUAUUUUCAAAUGGUGUAGCCGCCAGAGGUGCGGUGCUAAAUUCUUGGAAGGGGCCCGGAUGUACUGAGGAUGCAUUACAAUCUCACGAAAGGAGGCGGUAGUGGAAAGCAGCAGUUUUUGGUGUUUGGUGCAAUAAUGGGGAUCAGGUAAUCACCCGAAGGGAGCAAGAACCACUGCGGAUCCACGGCUUCCUGGAUUUACGCGAGAGCCACCGGCCUCGGAGGAGGGAUCCAUCCCGAGCUGCUCUCGGCUGUUGCUGCAUUUCUUCCUCUUUGUGGCUUCUCCUUUCCAAGCAGUUUUUGGCCAAUGGUCAAUGAAAACACGAGGAUGUACGUUCCAGAGGAAAACCACCAAGGUUCCAACUAUGGGAGCCCACGCCCAGCUCAUGCCAACAUGAAUGCCAAUGCAGCUGCGGGGCUCGCCCCAGAGCACAUCCCUACUCCAGGGGCAGCACUGUCCUGGCAGGCAGCCAUCGAUGCCGCCAGGCAGGCCAAGCUAAUGGGCAGUGCUGGCAAUGCAACCAUCUCUACCGUCAGUUCCACACAGCGGAAGCGGCAGCAGUAUGGGAAACCUAAGAAGCAGGGGGGCACAACUGCCACACGGCCGCCCCGGGCUCUGCUCUGCCUGACUCUGAAGAACCCCAUCAGGAGGGCAUGCAUAAGCAUUGUUGAAUGGAAAUCAUUUGAAAUAAUUAUUUUACUGACUAUUUUUGCCAAUUGUGUGGCCUUAGCAAUCUAUAUUCCCUUUCCAGAAGAUGACUCCAACGCCACCAACUCCAACCUGGAACGAGUGGAGUAUCUCUUCCUCAUCAUUUUUACCGUGGAAGCAUUUUUAAAAGUAAUUGCCUACGGACUUCUCUUCCACCCCAACGCUUACCUCCGCAACGGUUGGAAUUUACUAGAUUUUAUAAUUGUGGUUGUAGGGCUAUUUAGUGCAAUUUUAGAACAAGCAACCAAAGCUGACGGGGCCAACGCUCUCGGAGGGAAAGGAGCUGGAUUCGAUGUGAAGGCACUGAGAGCGUUCCGUGUGCUUCGUCCCCUGCGGCUGGUGUCUGGAGUCCCAAGUCUCCAGGUGGUCCUGAACUCCAUCAUCAAGGCCAUGGUGCCUCUGCUGCACAUCGCCCUUCUUGUGCUCUUCGUCAUCAUCAUUUACGCCAUUAUCGGCCUGGAGCUCUUCAUGGGAAAGAUGCACAAGACCUGCUACAACCAGGAAGGCAUAAUAGAUGUUCCGGCAGAAGAGGAUCCUUCCCCUUGUGCUUUGGAGACAGGCCAUGGGCGACAGUGUCAGAACGGGACCGUGUGCAAGCCCGGGUGGGAUGGGCCCAAGCACGGCAUCACCAACUUCGACAACUUCGCCUUCGCCAUGCUGACCGUGUUCCAAUGUAUCACCAUGGAGGGCUGGACCGACGUGCUGUACUGGGUCAAUGAUGCCGUAGGAAGGGACUGGCCCUGGAUCUAUUUUGUAACACUAAUCAUCAUAGGGUCAUUUUUUGUACUUAACUUGGUUCUCGGUGUUCUUAGCGGGGAGUUUUCCAAAGAGAGGGAGAAAGCCAAAGCUCGAGGGGAUUUCCAGAAACUUCGGGAGAAGCAGCAGCUAGAAGAAGAUCUCAAAGGCUACCUGGACUGGAUCACCCAGGCGGAAGACAUCGACCCCGAGAAUGAGGACGAGGGCAUGGAUGAAGACAAGCCUCGAAACAGAGGCGUUCCAGCGGGCUUGCAUGAUCAGAAGAAAGGGAAAUUUGCUUGGUUUAGUCACUCUACAGAAACCCAUGUGAGCAUGCCCACGAGUGAGACUGAGUCUGUCAACACUGAAAAUGUGGCUGGAGGUGACAUUGAGGGUGAAAACUGUGGAGCCAGGCUUGCCCACCGGAUCUCCAAAUCCAAGUUCAGCCGCUACUGGCGCAGGUGGAAUAGAUUCUGCAGAAGAAAGUGCCGUGCAGCUGUUAAGUCCAACAUCUUCUACUGGCUUGUGAUCUUCCUGGUGUUCCUCAACACCCUCACCAUUGCCUCUGAGCAUUACAACCAGCCUCACUGGCUCACAGAAGUGCAAGACACGGCCAAUAAGGCCCUCCUGGCCCUUUUCACUGCAGAAAUGCUCCUGAAGAUGUACAGCCUGGGUCUGCAGGCCUAUUUUGUAUCCCUUUUCAACCGUUUCGACUGUUUCAUUGUGUGUGGGGGCAUCCUGGAGACCAUCCUGGUGGAGACGAAGAUCAUGUCUCCCCUGGGCAUCUCUGUGCUGAGAUGUGUGCGGCUGCUCAGGAUCUUCAAGAUCACCAGGUACUGGAACUCCUUGAGCAAUCUUGUGGCGUCCCUGCUGAACUCCGUGCGCUCCAUCGCCUCCCUGCUGCUGCUCCUCUUCCUCUUCAUCAUCAUCUUCUCCCUGCUGGGGAUGCAGCUGUUUGGAGGGAAGUUCAACUUCGAUGAGAUGCAGACCCGCAGGAGCACGUUUGAUAACUUCCCGCAGUCUCUCCUCACUGUGUUUCAGAUCCUGACCGGGGAGGACUGGAAUUCGGUGAUGUAUGAUGGGAUCAUGGCUUAUGGCGGCCCCUCUUUUCCAGGGAUGUUAGUCUGUAUUUACUUCAUCAUCCUCUUCAUCUGUGGAAAUUAUAUCCUACUGAACGUGUUCUUGGCCAUUGCGGUGGACAACCUGGCUGAUGCGGAGAGCCUGACCUCUGCCCAGAAGGAAGAGGAAGAAGAGAAGGAGAGAAAGAAGCUGGCCAGGACUGCCAGCCCGGAAAAGAAGCAGGAGGUGAUGGAGAAGCCAGCAGUGGAGGAGAGCAAAGAGGAGAAAAUUGAGCUGAAGUCCAUUACAGCAGAUGGAGAAUCCCCACCCACUACCAAGAUCAACAUGGAUGACCUCCAGCCCAGUGAAAAUGAGGAUAAGAGUCCCCACUCCAACCCAGACACUGCAGGGGAGGAGGAUGAGGAGGAGCCAGAGAUGCCCGUGGGGCCACGCCCCCGGCCCCUGUCUGAGCUGCACCUUAAGGAAAAGGCAGUCCCUAUGCCGGAAGCCAGUGCAUUUUUCAUCUUCAGCCCAAACAACAGGUUCCGCCUGCAGUGUCACCGCAUUGUCAAUGACACGAUCUUCACCAACCUCAUCCUCUUCUUCAUCCUGCUCAGUAGCAUCUCUCUGGCUGCUGAGGACCCCGUCCAGCACACCUCCUUCAGGAACCAUAUUCUGUUUUAUUUUGACAUUGUUUUUACCACCAUUUUCACCAUUGAAAUUGCUCUGAAGAUGACUGCUUAUGGGGCUUUCCUGCACAAGGGCUCUUUCUGCCGAAAUUACUUCAAUAUCCUGGACCUGCUGGUGGUUAGCGUGUCCCUCAUCUCCUUUGGCAUCCAGUCCAGCGCAAUCAAUGUUGUGAAGAUUUUACGAGUGCUGCGAGUCCUCAGGCCCCUGAGGGCCAUCAACAGGGCCAAGGGGCUAAAGCAUGUGGUUCAGUGCGUGUUUGUGGCCAUCCGGACCAUUGGGAAUAUUGUAAUUGUCACCACUCUGCUGCAGUUUAUGUUCGCCUGCAUUGGGGUCCAGCUCUUCAAGGGAAAGCUCUAUACCUGUUCGGAUAGUUCUAAACAGACGGAGGCAGAAUGCAAGGGUAACUAUAUCACAUACAAAGAUGGAGAGGUUGAUCACCCCAUCAUCCAGCCUCGAAGCUGGGAGAACAGCAAGUUUGACUUUGACAAUGUUCUGGCAGCCAUGAUGGCCCUCUUCACCGUCUCCACCUUCGAAGGGUGGCCAGAGCUGCUGUACCGCUCCAUUGACUCCCACACAGAAGACAAGGGCCCCAUCUACAACUACCGUGUGGAGAUCUCUAUCUUCUUCAUCAUCUACAUCAUCAUCAUUGCCUUCUUCAUGAUGAACAUCUUCGUGGGUUUCGUCAUUGUCACCUUCCAGGAGCAGGGGGAGCAAGAGUACAAGAACUGUGAACUGGACAAGAACCAGAGACAAUGUGUGGAAUAUGCCCUCAAGGCCCGACCCUUGCGCAGGUACAUCCCCAAGAACCAGCACCAGUACAAGGUGUGGUAUGUGGUCAACUCUACCUACUUCGAGUAUCUGAUGUUCGUCCUCAUCUUGCUCAACACCAUCUGCCUGGCCAUGCAGCACUAUGGCCAGAGCUGCCUCUUCAAAAUUGCCAUGAAUAUACUCAACAUGCUUUUCACCGGCCUCUUCACAGUGGAGAUGAUCCUGAAACUCAUUGCCUUCAAACCCAAGGGUUACUUUAGUGAUCCCUGGAAUGUUUUUGACUUCCUCAUCGUCAUUGGGAGCAUAAUUGAUGUCAUUCUCAGUGAAACUAAUCACUAUUUCUGUGAUGCAUGGAAUACAUUUGACGCCUUGAUUGUUGUGGGUAGCAUUGUUGAUAUAGCAAUCACCGAGGUACACCCAGCUGAACAUACCCAAUGCUCUCCCUCUAUGAGUGCAGAGGAGAACUCCCGCAUCUCCAUCACCUUCUUCCGCCUCUUCCGGGUCAUGCGCCUGGUGAAGCUGCUGAGCCGUGGGGAAGGCAUCCGGACCCUGCUCUGGACCUUCAUCAAGUCCUUCCAGGCCCUGCCCUAUGUGGCCCUUUUGAUCGUGAUGCUGUUCUUUAUCUAUGCAGUGAUUGGGAUGCAGGUGUUUGGGAAGAUUGCCCUGAAUGACACCACAGAGAUCAAUCGGAACAACAACUUCCAGACGUUCCCCCAGGCUGUGCUACUGCUCUUCAGGUGUGCCACUGGGGAGGCCUGGCAGGACAUCAUGCUGGCCUGCAUGCCGGGCAAGAAGUGUGCUCCAGAGUCUGAGCCCAGCAACAGCACGGAAGGGGAGACCCCCUGUGGCAGCAGCUUUGCUGUCUUCUACUUCAUCAGCUUCUACAUGCUCUGUGCCUUCCUGAUCAUCAACCUCUUUGUAGCUGUUAUCAUGGACAACUUUGACUACCUGACUAGGGAUUGGUCUAUCCUUGGUCCCCAUCACCUGGAUGAAUUCAAGAGAAUCUGGGCGGAGUAUGACCCUGAAGCCAAGGGUCGGAUCAAACACCUGGAUGUGGUAACCCUCCUCCGUCGAAUUCAGCCCCCAUUGGGUUUUGGGAAGUUGUGUCCUCACCGUGUGGCCUGCAAACGCCUGGUGUCCAUGAACAUGCCUCUGAACAGCGAUGGGACAGUCAUGUUCAAUGCUACCCUGUUUGCCCUCGUCAGGACAGCCCUGAGGAUCAAAACAGAAGGGAACCUAGAACAAGCCAAUGAGGAGCUGCGGGCCAUCAUCAAGAAAAUCUGGAAGAGGACCAGCAUGAAGCUGUUGGACCAGGUGGUGCCCCCUGCAGGUGAUGACGAAGUCACAGUGGGCAAGUUCUAUGCCACCUUCCUGAUCCAAGAGUAUUUCAGGAAAUUCAAGAAGCGAAAAGAGCAGGGGCUGCUGGGGAAGCCCUCCCAGAGGAACGCCCUGUCCCUCCAGGCUGGCUUACGCACCUUGCAUGACAUUGGACCUGAGAUCCGGCGGGCCAUCUCUGGGGAUCUGACUGCUGAGGAGGAGUUGGACAAGGCUAUGAAGGAGGCGGUAUCUGCUGCCUCCGAAGAUGACAUCUUCAGGCGGGCUGGAGGCCUGUUCGGCAACCACGUCAGCUACUAUCAGAGUGACAGCAGGGGCAACUUUCCUCAGACGUUCGCCACCCAGCGCCCUCUGCACAUCAACAAGACGGGGAACAACCAAGCUGACACCGAGUCACCGUCCCAUGAGAAGCUGGUGGACUCCACUUUCACCCCCAGCAGCUACUCAUCCACAGGCUCCAAUGCCAACAUCAACAAUGCCAACAACACUGCCCUGGGCCGCUUCCCCCAUCCCGCUGGCUACUCCAGCACGGUCAGCACUGUUGAGGGCCACGGGCCUCCCUUGUCCCCUGCUGUCCGGGUACAGGAGGCAGCUUGGAAGCUCAGCUCUAAGAGGUGCCACUCCCGAGAGAGCCAGGGGGCCACAGCGAGUCAGGAGAUGUUUCCAGAUGAGACCCGCAGCAUGAGGAUGGGUGAAGAGGCCGAGUACUGCAGUGAGCCCAGCCUGCUCUCCACAGAUAUACUCUCCUACCAGGACGAUGAAAACCGACAACUGACCUGUCCAGAGGAGGACAAGAGAGAGAUCCAGCCAUCUCCAAAGAGGAGUUUCCUUCGCUCUGCCUCUCUAGGACGAAGGGCCUCCUUCCAUCUGGAAUGUCUAAAGCGACAAAAGGAUCAAGGGGGAGACAUCUCUCAGAAGACAGCCCUUCCCCUGCAUCUGGUUCAUCAUCAGGCGUUGGCAGUGGCAGGCUUGAGCCCCCUCCUGCAGAGAAGCCAUUCUCCUACCACAUUCCCCAGGCCGUGCCCCACGCCCCCUGUCACUCCAGGCAGCCUCCACGGCAGGCCCCUACAGCCCAUCCCUACCCUACGGCUGGAGGGGGCGGAGUCCAGCGAGAAACUCAACAGCAGCUUCCCGUCCAUCCACUGCAGCUCCUGGUCUGAGGAGACUACAGGCUGUAGUGGGGGCAGCAGCAUGGCCCGGAGAGCUCGGCCCGUCUCCCUCACCGUGCCCAGCCAGGCUGGAGCUCCGGGGAGACAGUUCCAUGGCAGUGCCAGCAGCCUGGUGGAAGCGGUCUUGAUUUCAGAAGGACUGGGACAGUUUGCUCAAGAUCCCAAGUUCAUCGAGGUUACCACCCAGGAGCUGGCCGACGCCUGCGACAUGACAAUAGAGGAGAUGGAGAACGCUGCAGACAACAUCCUCAGUGGGGGCGCCCAGCAGAGCCCCAACGGCACCCUCUUACCUUUUGUGAACUGCAGGGACCCGGGGCAGGACAGGGCUGUGGUCCCAGAGGACGAGAGCUGUGCUUAUGCCCUGGGGCGAGGCCGGAGCGAGGAGGCGCUCCCGGACAGCAGGUCCUACGUCAGCAACCUGUAGUCAGCAGGGCUGGCGAGACGCGGGUGUUUUUUAUUCGUUUCAAUGUUCCUAAUGGGUUCGUUUCAGAAGUGCCUCACUGUUCUCGUGACCUGGAGGUAACCGGAACAGCGUCUUCAUUCACUGCUGUCGGGAUAAGCCUCAGAGCUGGGCGGUGUACGGAGUCGGCUUUUCAGGGGAGAAGGCCAAGGCCGUGGUGCGGGGCUCCAGCACCUCCCGCGGCAGCACCGCCCAAAGGACCCCACCCCUCCUAAGCAAAAGGGUGUUUUCCCCUUGCUUGUAUAAACAGUCAUUUGCACACGUUCUGUCUGAGCCUGGCCGUCUCUAUGGAGCAGGGCCCCGGGGAUCUAUGGCAGGAAUGGGCCAGCGCCCCCAGUAGGAGCCGGGAGGUGGCUGCAAGGUUCCCAGCAGUGCAGGUCUGGUCCCUAUGGUCCCUUCAGGGAUCCUUCCCCUGCAGGAGCUGAGAUGCAGGUGGCAGGAGCCAGUGCAGACCACACCCGCCCGCCCUCAGCUAGCCAGGCCAGGGGGCGCAGGCUGCUGCCUGGUGCUCUGGGUUUCAUGGUUUGAUGGUUCUUGUCAGCAUGUUGCGGUUUUCUGGGUUUUGAUUUCUUUAUUACUAUUUGUUGUGUUUUCUCAUGGGGAGGGGAGGAAGAAGAGCGUUUACAACGGCGCGGCCUCACUUCACUGUUUCCACAUUUGUGUAUUUAAGUCGGAUUUGGCUUUAAUUGUAUUCUUUAAAUGGUGCGGUCCACCCCACCCUCACCCCGCAUUGGAGCAAGGGUUCAGUACCACCACAGGGAGGUUUUACCUGCUCUGUGUAUGCCCAGUAACUUGUUACAAUUUCCUUAAGUAAAAGCAACUUUUUUUUUCCUUUCGGGUUUGGUUGAGCGUCACAGUCUGCCGGUUAACAGGCAGUUAGAUAGGGUGGUGUGCACCUGGGCAGUUGAGAAGGGCUCCUUUCUAUGCUAGGCAUAUGGAUUGGUUCAGGAGAGAAGAAAUAUGGGCAUCUUUGUGUCACACGUGUGUCCAUAGUGGGUCGUCUGUGUUUAUGUGCACCCACACAGUAUGUGCACACCCCACCCCACCUCCGCACAAAAGUCUGUAGAUCCCCUUUCAGGUUUGACUGCAGGGAGUUCUAAAUCUGGGGCUAUUCAAAAGCAAGAACAAAUCACUGUCUCUGCUUCUGCUUCUGAAACAAGAAUCGGUAACUGCAUUUUUUCUGUCCCACGAGAUAUGCAAAAGCAAUGCAAUAAUAUCCAUUUUAAAAUACGAUUGUUGAGUUGUGUCAGCAUUAAAAUUCUAUUUUAAAAAACACGAAAUUUAAGGGAAAAACUCAAGAAGACAUUUUGCUUCGAUAUAUUCUGUGUAAUGUUUUAUUGCAUUGAUAAUGUUUCUGUUGAAGAAACUGUUAUACUUGAAUUCAGGUCAGUUUCAGUAUUUUUCAAAUAUUUUUUUAAAACCGAAUUGCAAUUGUGCCAAGCAGAUAUAAUGACUUAAGUUUGUUUUAAAAUUCACUUCUUGUAUAUUUUGCUGCAUGUAAAGUAAAUCAUUUUGUAUUUGGAGUGUGACAAGCUUUA